GAAAACAUCUACAUGCAUUUCAAGGCAUAGUAGGCUCAGAAAGCACAGCACAGCAGCUGAGUAAGCAAGCGGUGGAAAAGCAAGGAAAUUUUCACUGCCUCCGUGGAAAAGAACAACUUGAGGAGUCUCGGAUUUCUUCAGCUUGCCACUUGUUUCCCGUGCCUCAUGCCGGGUUCUCCUGGAUUUAAAAGGUGCCAGACAUGCCGGGAUGCCAUGCCUGUGUCUGAUGGACAUGCUGAAUGCAUUAAGUGCCUUGGCAAAUCCCACCAGACUCAGAAGUGCCAGCACUGCUCAAAAUUAACCUCCAGAGCGCAGAUGGACCGGGCUAAUAGGCUGAAAACAAUUCUUUACGAGAAGUCUCUCCAACCUCCAUUUGACAACCCACCAGCGGCUCCAGAAAUGGCCUUUCUGACCAAGGGUACGGACAAGUCAUGUCCCUCUGCCCAGUCUACCCCGGCGGCAUCAAGAACGUCUAGUUCCCUGACCCGCUCGCUACCCUCGGCGUCCUCAGCCUCACGGGUUAGCACGCGGACAAGCCGGGCACGUCUGGUACGGCUUCGGCCAAAACACUGGCACCACACAAGCGAGCGCACUUUGAGCCGAGACAGAAAGCAUCGGCACCACCAGUGCCAACGGCAUCGACCUUGUCCUCGGCACCGGCAGGCCAUAAGGAAUGCUCGGUACUGAAACAACCACGGCACCAGGUGCCGGCACAGACUGUGGAGAAACCCUGCACCAACAUGCCGCCCCUGUGUCGCUCAGCACCGCCAUCGACACUGAGCAACUCCUACGCCUCGGCACCGAGCCACCAUGAUGCGCGCUAUCAUUCCCCGGUACAGAGCCGUUCACCGCUAGCACCGACUUUACCAACUUCUUCGGUGCAGUCAGUUCAUUCAGGUAGAUCGUCCCACAUCUCACGGUCUCCAAGCAAUGCAGGCACGGAACCUAGGAAUAGAUUCUCCUCCCAACAUUCCAGUCCUGUCCACAGACCUUCCUGGCAGCAUCCGGUCACACAGUAUGCAUACCCACCUCUGCCACCACCAUGGUAUGCUCAAAAAUAUAUUUCCCCCCCCCCGCCAUACGCUAUUCAAUGGCAGCCAUGUGAGCCAAGACCAAAGCGAAGUCAUCAUCAUCCUCCUUCAACAACUUACAGGAGACCGGCUUCGCCACCUCUAACUGCGUCCAUGACAGAGCCAAAUUCCCCAAGCCGCUCUGAGACACAGGAUUCUCCCUCAGAGGGCGAAGACAGAUCCCCGCUACAUAACUCCUCAUCCUCUCCUGAUGAGGCUGUCACACCGGAAGCCCCACCAUCCGGUGAUGACUCUAGGAAAUUUCAUGAUCUUUUUAAAAGGGUGGCGCUAGCACAGGAAAGGGACUUAGAGAAGGUACAAGUUAAACAAUAUAAACUCCUACGGACACUGGAAUCAUCUACUACUUCUCGACUGGCAAUCCCUAGGGAUGAGGCCAUUAUGGACCCAGCCGAAAAUAUCUGGCAGACUCCUGCGUCUAUUCCCCCCACCAACAAGAAGGCUGACCGCAAGUACUUUAUUGCACCAAAGGAUACGGAUUUCCUUUUCACCCAUCUACCACCUAACUCCCUAGUGGUGGAUUCGGUUCGUCACAAAGGAAGACAACCUAACCUAAAGAGGAUACACAGGAUAGAGAUCACAAGAGAAUAG